AAAAAAGUUACAUAUUCACAAAUAAAGGCAGGACCCAUAAUAGAGGAGUCUUAAAGCUCAUAAGCGGUCAUGGCAUACCAAGGGGAUACAGCAACUCAUCCGUCAGGCAAACAGCUGCCACCGUCUCCAUACGAAAGCAAUGGCGUCUCUAGGCACCGAGAGGACGACAAUUUUAGUCGUUCGAGCUCAGAGGGCCGCUCCCUAUCGCUCCGCCGUAAACCUGUCCCCGACGUUGCACAGCAGCCUGCCAUACCCUCUUUCAAUUUCGGCCAACACGAAGACGCUGUAGCCGGGGGGCGCGAAUCGAGACUGUCGGAGUCGUCUUUUGGAGCAAGCUCAAUGGGCCAUUCGCGAACGCCCUCGAGAGACAGUCCGGAUCAGAGAGGCAGUGGAGCUUCAGAUUACGUGCCAAUGCCGCAAGACAUUCCUUUCCAUCAGCUCAACAUUAGCACACCUUCGUACAAUGCAAGAUACUCACAUGCAGGCGAGUUAGACAUGGCAAGUGCUCAAGAGGACUCUUCAGUAUACAGCCCAAGGGUAGACUCAAGGCCAGACUACCAGUCUGGUGGCUAUUAUGGUCAACCUACACCUCCACCACCUUCGGUCCCACCUCAUGAACAUGUGCAAUCGCCAAGGUCCGGCUCCCAGCACUCUUCCAGAAGCAACAAUAGUGACCCUCGAAACGGUAACUUUGAUUUUGGACCCGAGGUGCCCCUCCAGGUGCCCCGUAGCACUGUCCAACGACCCAGCUCUGCGUACACGCUAGGUUCGGAACUUCACCCCGGGGCUGCACAAUCCCCACGUCUCUCCGUCGGAGGCGGAGGCUCUCCUGUCAACUUUGGUAGACAAUUGGCCGUGAAUCGACGCUCUCCUGACGCCAGACCUACCUCUUAUGUCGAUCUAUUGAACCUACCUUAUAAUCAGCAAAUCGCCCCUGCUUCCAAUCUUGGCGGUAACACUGCGCUUCGCAAUGUGGUGGGGCAGAAUGCGUCUCUUCAAGAUACUAAGAAAACUCUGGAUAUGUACAAGGCAAAUGUGAAAAAGACCCAAGAUAGUGCUGUACAGUAUGAGUUUGCUUUGUACAUGGUGCAGAUUGCGCGGGAAUUGAGGGCAUCCGACCAUGGUGCUGAUACCCAUGGUUUAUCUCCAUUAGAGCUUCUAAGAGAGUCCCGACAAAUAUUGCAAAAAUUGGCCGACCGGAGCUACCCCUUCGCACAAUACUAUCUUGCCGACGGCUAUGCGUCGGGUCUCUUCAAUAAAGACAAGCCUGACUACGAUCGAGCGUUCCCACUUUUCGUUGCGGCCAGCAAACACGGACACGCAGAGUCGGGUUAUCGUGCAGCACUUUGCUACGAAUUUGGGUGGGGUUGCCGCAAGGACUACGCCAAGGCAGUUCAGUUCUUCCGCGCUGCAGCCUCGAAGAAUCACCCUGGAGCUGCCACGCGCUUGGGCAGAGCGUGUUUGACAGGAGACAUGGGAUUGCAAAAUCGCUACAGAGAGGGCGUGAAGUGGCUCAAGCGAGCCACGGAAUCUGCUGACUACCAGUACAACUCGGCUCCCUAUGAGCUUGGUCAAUUGCACGAGACGGGAUACGGAGACGACAUUUUCAAAGACGAGAUCUACGCCGUGCAAUUGUUCACGCAAGCUGCCGAGCUGGGACAUCCUCAAGCUGCAUUGAGACUGGGCGAGGCCUACGAGCAUGGGCUGCUCCGCUGUCCGAAGGAUGCCGCUCUUUCGGUGCAUUAUUACAACUGUGCCGCCCAGGCAGAUAUCCCAGAAGCUAUGAUGAACCUCUGCGCGUGGUACAUGGUCGGAGCAGAGCCAGUCCUGGAGAAGGAUGAGAACGAAGCUUAUGAGUGGGCUAAGAGAGCUGCUGAGCACGGACUUCCCAAGGCAGAAUAUGCGAUUGGCUAUUUCACCGAGAUGGGCAUCGGAUGCCGUCGUGAUCCUCUUGAAGCCAAUGUCUGGUAUGUAAAGGCCGCCGACCACGGAGACGACCGAGCAAAGCAACGACUGGCCAUUAUUCAGGCUGCGGCAUCCGGGCAACCAGUCAGUCCAUCCGCCCUGGAAAAGACCAAAGGCAAGAAGGGUGGGAAAGAUGGGAAAGACGAAAACUGCUGCGUAAUGUGAGCACCCGACAAUGCAUAUUUUGGAUUCUAGAUGGGAGGGUUGUCAUGAUCUCUUUGUUUUUAUUGUCUCUUUUUCCCCAACCCAACCAUCUCCACACAUCUGCGUCUGUUUUUUACUUCGGGACUUGGGAGUUCCGAUGGCACCUUAUUUCCACGACUACGUUUGGGGAGUUCAUCUGUUUCGCAUUGGGAGGGGAAUGCAUAGCAUUUUCAGGCCGUUGUUUGUUCGUUGCAAAAAUUUCCGGGAGUCUGUAAAGUCCUUUUUGGCAGAAGGAGCGUUAUUUGACGUCUAGGCACGGAUACCAGAGAGUAAUGGCGGAGUUACCCAGUAGUUAGAACGAAAGUAUGAAAUGAGAAAGAGGAUGGAUAAUGUCUGUUU